GUUCUCCAAGUGUUUACUCUGUUUGUGUUGAUUCAUCUUCAUUUCGUAUUUAGACUAACACCUGUUGUUUUGUCGUUUAUCUAUAACAUCUUAUCUUAACGAACAAGGGUCCAAACGUUAAUUUCAAUCUAAGCGACUCUCCAACUUUAUACUGUUCAUGUCUUAGCUGCCGCGACCGAUACGCUUUUGUCUUCUCCCCUAAACGGUUUUCAUGUCGACAGCGCAGAAAGACGGUGGUGAAACGCACGAUGCGGCCGCUUCUACGUCUCAACACAGCGUGCUGUUUGAUCUUCUUCAAAAGUCGCGUCAGCUCUUUCAGGUUCUAAUUAAACCACAGGUGCCUCCAAUUGAAUAUGGACUUAAUCAGCUUGAGGCUCACGCCCAUAAAAUGGUUGAAAAGAUGCUUCCCAUGCGGGACGGUGAUGCGAAAGCACACUAUCUGCUUGCUGAAAGUGGAAUGAAUGCUGAACAAACGCGCCAAAAAAUAACAUCGAUUCACUUAGGCCCCUUGUCUGAGCAGUAUGAACUCGACAAAAAAACCAUCAUUGAGCAUCCGGUAAAAAGAUACAAGGAACAAAAUAUUACUGCAAGCAUAGAGAAUGGCCUGAAUAAAAGUCUUGCUGACUUUGAAAAAAACCUUGUACAAUCCAGUGGUCGUGAAUGGGAAAAAUUGAAAUCAGACUUUAUGUGUGACAUAGGUCGUCUUCUUCAGGGAAAGGAGGACAGCAUGCUUGGAGCUUCAAUGUCUCUAUCCUUCCGUGGAUCUGUCUCUAAAAGCGUUAACGGUGCAGGCAGUUUUUUUUCCAGCACUGUCCGUUCUCGUACUGCUGGCUCUUAUGCUGGUUUGUCAUUCUUACGCACCACUGAACUGCAGACUGCUCAUGAUGUGAGCUCGCGUUUUGCUGGAACUAUCCCUUCGUACACUGUGCAAGCCAAACUCGACGCUUUAUACAGCGUUAUCCACAUCAUGAAUGAGCAUCGGAUCAGCGGAGGAAACAGUCCUCUCUUUUCUCUUUUCUCUUCUGUUGCACAAAAGUUUGACUCUGCCACACCGCAACUUUACGAUGCCUGGAUGCUGCUUGCACGAAUCGUGGGCACGCACCCAGUUGCUGCCGAGUACGUCCCUGCUGGAGUGUAUGCUGCCAACAAGUCAGCACCCCACAACAGUAGUCUCGCAGCAGAGUUGCGCUUACGUAUCGUUCAAGGUUCGUUGUCUUAUUUACAGAAUCAAUUCCUCACUGUUGUUCACCAACAAAUCGGAAACACUGUACCUCUUAAUUCGGAUACUUUUAAGAAAAUUCAUGCCUUUGCUCGGGCUCGUUUUUUCAAGAACAACGCAUGGACGAACACAAAUCUUACCAUUGUUAAUGAUGUUCCCAUCUGGGCAAUUUUGUAUUACAUGUUGCGUGCCGGUCUGCUAGAGGACGCCAUGGACUUUGUUCGAAACUGGGGCACUGAGUUUGAGAAGCAGGCACAUUCCUUCUCCGCAUACUUUAAUGCUUUUGUGCAUGCACCGACGGAACCACUGCCGCAAAAGCUCGCUGAACGCUUACAAACAGAAUUUUCUCAGCUACUUCGAUAUGCUCCAGAGGAUCCAUUCAAGCAUGCGAUCUACAAAAUUCUUGGUCAAUGUGAGCCUAAUCGGAGCACGCUACCGGACGUGUGCAUAACCACUGAAGACUACAUGUGGAUACAGCUCAUGCUUUGUCGCGAAUCAAAGAAUGCUAGUGCCGUAGGCACCACUGGUGCGUUCGACCUUGUUGCCUUUCAGAAAAAAAUUGUUUCCUUUGGAGCGCGUCAUUUCAACCCUAAAAACAAUAACCCUUUCCAUUACUUUUUGGUUCUCCUAUUGAGCGGCCAAUUUGAACGAGCCAUACAUUACUUGCAUGGGUUUUUCCCCGCAGAAGCUGUGCACUUCGCAAUCGUUCUUGCAUACUAUGGACUUCUUUCUACAUGCAAUUUUGAAAAAAGCGAAAGCUUGCUUAACGAAGAACGAGAUGACUUGGUACGCCUCAACUAUCCGUUACUUUUGUUAUCCUAUCUCAACUACAAAUGCCCUUCCGAAACAUUGGAAUGUCUGGACUACUUGUCAUGCAUUUCACUCAUACCCUCUUACAAGUCUUAUUGUUUGAAACUUGUGAAGUUACUUAUUUUGCAUUCAUGCGACUUUGGCCGCUUGUUGGGCGAUGUACACUGCGACGGUAGUCACUCAUCCGGUUACCUUGAGGUGUAUCAUCGCAUUAUUCCUUUUGAUGAAGAUUUCUUAAAAAAGGUGUACGCCGAAGGUGCAACUGAGGCAGAUAAUGAUGGCCGCUAUGGCGAUUCAGUACUUCUUUAUCAUUUGCUUGGUGACUAUGAUACCGUUUUGUCUGUUGCCGCUCGAAAGCUUGGUGAAGAUAUUCUUGCUAAAGGACUUUGGGCUUCUAGUUACUCGCAACCCGAUUCUUUAGUGGGACUGUCCGUUGUCAUUGCCGCGGAUGAAGCGCCAGAUGUUCUUGUGCAGCAGUUGUAUCAGAGAUAUGCUGAAAGCACGGACGAAAAUGUUAAAAUCAGUGACAAGACACGCAUUCUUUGCAAACAAUUACUGUCCAUUGUCGCUGCCAAGCAAGCGUUUGAACAAGAACGCUAUAAAGACUGUCUGCGGAUAUUGGAGGAAGUUGAUGUUGUCCCAAUUAUGUGCCCAUCAGAUCCUUCCACUCAAACCCAGCUUUCGGCCUUGCUUCGUCAUCGUGCAAUGGAGUUGGGAACUGUCCCUGUUCCCAUUGUUCGUGUGCUUCCUGUCGUUCUUCUCAUGGCUAUGUCUUGUCUCGUUACUCUCUUUAAACAACUUCGGGACAUCACUGUAGCCGAUGUGCAUGAUUUAAGCUCUGAAUUUUGGCAACUUCGUCAAAAGGCUUCCUCUCUGGUUAUGUUUGGUACUAUGAUUGAGAAUUAUCUCUCGCCUUCAGUAAUCGAAACUUUACAAACAAGUCAGGUUUCUAUGAAUUAGUUUAU